AUGACUCAGAAAACAUUACUAGGCAUGUCUGGUUUAGUAACAAGAAGGUUUGCAGGCGAAGGUGUGAGUGGAUAUUAUCGAUUUCUCAGACGUGAUAGUCAGUGGGUGUGGCUGCAGUCGCGUGCGGCGAUCAUGUACAACAACAAGACGGCGAGGGCCGAGUACAUCGUCGUCAUUAACUACGUUAUUAAUCAGGAGGAGGCUCUGGAAGAAGUUUCAGCUCAAGGCCGAUCUACUGAUAUGUCACUUGGUGUGUUCAUCCCACCAGACAUUCCCUACCCGAAGCAUCCACCGCUCGACAACCCCUCGUUUCAAGCCAUGACAUUGGCCAACUUGGAGAGCAAUUCGGUCAGCUCGUCGAGCAACGAGUCGUUUCCACAGGAUUCACAGAUGCCGACCUAUUCACUGGACAGUCCCGCGUCGGCGACGUCUUCUCAGUCUCUCAAGAAGCCACCACACACGCCGUCCAGCGGGGAAGGAACACACCCCAGCAGUCCGGCCGUUUUAUCUCAUCCGUCGUCAAGUCCGAGUUUAUAUCAACCGGGAAAGAUUCAACCUUCACCGACCAUCCCUUCAUAUGAGCCGUCACCCGAGUUUCAUCACUCGAAUGAGACUCCAUUGGCAUCCGACGCAUCCAACAGUCAAAUACGUUUACUACCGAGCAUUCCGUGUGAAGAACCGUUGAUGACGACGAAUCAUCAUCGUGCAUGCACACACGAGGAUAUCUACCCGUCUCAGUCUCUACAACAACAUAAUUCGUGUUUAUCAACAGAAGGUCUACAACAUAGUAUAUCACCGUCUCAAUACUAUGGCAUGACUGACUAUGUGACGUAUCCGAGUGCUCAGACGGGGACGUACGGAGGGAGCAACAUUCAGUCGUUGUACGUCGAACCACAACGUCCGGUUGCCGUGGAGCAACAAAAUGAACUCCACGCCUCGUACGUGUCCGCAGCACACGCCAUGAAACCGACGAUGGCCGUGAACCCGAACGUACGAGCCAACUGUUCUCAUCCAACGAACGGGAUUGACAUUGUGAAGCCGAGCAAUUACGGUAGUCACGACUACCAUCUGUCGCAAUGUGGGGGCGUGGUACCUCCCGUGUCUGCCCCUGUGUCGUGUUCUCAGACAGGCGGCUUGCAUCAUGCGAACGGGCUCUCGUCGCCACCCGGUCCGUUCUACCCAACUUACCCAAACGAGGACCUGCUGAAGGAUCUCGAAGAUUACAUUGCCGCCGAAAUGUUUACGUCAGGAUCGGCACAAAUGGAUCCUGUGACUGCGAGUGCUGCUGGUCCCGGUUACGUGAGCUCUACGAGGUCGUCGUAGUCGAGACCGAGCUGUUACCAUCCUGUCGUCUGGCAGUCGUGUGUUAUGUACUUGUAGAUGAAUGUAGAUUAGAUGAGCAAGCUAUAGAACGUUCAGGUAUAUCAAGAGAGACUAUCAAACGCCAUCACGUUGUGAUGUUUUAGCUGUCACGAGAAUGGACCCUCUCUUGUGCACAUUUUUGAUCGUGUUGAUGCAGACUGUCAGUGGAGACUGGCCUGCUGGUGCAGCCGACUGGUUUUUCUAUUGAUAGAUUCAAUAGCAUGUUUUAUAGCGUUGUGGCUGUCUGUAUUUUGCGAUUCAAUUUUGAUUAUAAUUUUACUUGCAUAUAACA